AGAUCUGAGUAUGUAAAUAGAUUUUAUAGCCACUAUAUCUAGAGAGCUAUGCAAACAGAGUUACUUCUAAUCCUAAUGGGCCAUCUGCUGCAGUCAGAUUAAGUUCUUACAAUGAUUAUUGUGCCCUCAGUAGUCUAUCAGAAUUCACGUUAUACCUACAUAGCAAGAACAACUAUAAACAGCAUGGAGCAUAAGUAUGAAAUUACGACCACCGAUUCAGAAUGGGAAGACAUCGACACCAGCAAACAUCCAUUCCCUUCGGAGAUUUGGGUAAUAAAACCCGUAUGGCAAGUGGUCGUAAAAAUUCUUAGUGUUUUACCAAUCGUCAUCGUUGGAUCUCUAGCUAAUAGUGGUUUAAUUUACGUGGUGAUGAAAGAGAAGUCCCUCCGAACCACUACGAAUCUCCUAAUUGUAAACAUGUGUAUCGCAGACUUAGGCAGCUGUAUAAUAUGCCCAUGGAUGUUCCUCUGCAGAGAUCUAUUUCAGAACUACAUUUUGGGAGAAAUUGGCUGCCGUCUGGAUGCAUCAUUGGUACAUGCACUGACAUUGGUGGUAGUCUUUAAUUUGAGUGCAAUAAGUUACGAUCGUCUGUCUGCAAUUGUAUUCAAUUGUUCAGGAAAGCUAACAAAGAGGACGAUUUACACGUUGCUCAUCAUUACUUGGAUUUCUGCUGUUGCUGUUACUGCUCCUUUGACUUAUUUCCGACGUUAUUACGAAAGGCAAUGGAAAAAUUAUUUAGAAACUUUUUGCACCGAGGACACAGUGCUGGUCUAUCCAUACUGGCACAUAUUUGCAGGCUUGAGUGUCUGGGCACCACUGGCCAUUAUGGCAAUAUGUUAUUCAGCUAUUCUAAUUAAACUAGAUCGCUAUGAAUCACAAGCCCUAAGAAGUAAAUAUCCUAUAGUGGUAAAAUAUAAAACCAAAGUGGCACAAGUGCUAGCUCUUCUAGUACUGGUUUUCAUAAUAUGUCGUGUACCGUUCACAGUGUUAAUAAUUAGGAGGGCUCAAUUGCUACAAGGUACACCUAAACCAGGACAAGCUGAUGCUGUAUACCCUCUGUGGUAUGUGAGUAGGUACCUGGUGUUGGUCAAUACAGCCAUAAAUCCUCUAUUAUAUGGUUGUAGCAGCAGUUCAUUGAGGAAGCAGUUAGCACUCUGUCCUGCUACAUCUUGGCUCAUCCGUAAGAAGCACGAGUCAAAACCACAUAGUGUUUCACAGUUAAAAUCGGAUCGUUUCCAUGAAUUAAGACCGCGUUCUCCUUGCAUAAGAAUAAACUAUAACGAAAGAGAUGUAAUACCAAACAAUAUAUCUACUGUCACCAGAACAAAUUUAAACUCAACUCAACUUUAGUUUGGUGUUCCAAGUGGAUCAGUAUUAGUAAUGAAAUUCGUCACACAUAAUGUCACAAUAAGGACAGGAUAUCAUGAGAUACGUACUAAUAAAUAUAUCAUUUUUCUUGCGACGACACCUUUAUCUACUUAUAUAAACGUUAUAUUUAAAAAAUACAAGAAAAGUGUUAUUGACAAUAGAAUAAAAUAACAAACACCGACAAUCUUAAAGUAUGAAGCAAGUCUUAUUUUUCCUGAAUAAGUAAAAUGCAAAUUCAAUACAUCAGAGAAGAAAUCAUUUAAUUGCUACGUUUUUAAGACUGUCAACUAUAAUUUUACCACCGUUGGAAGUGAACAAAAGAUUGCCGCUCCAAGACGCUUCUCCACUACCAUUUAUUACAAGAUCAGGCUGUAAGAAGAUUAAUAAAUAUUAAUAAAUCACAAGUCGAAAUAUCAAUUUCGAUACGGUACAAGAAUAAAAACGUACUUGUAAUUUC